CAAGAGGCUAUCAAGAGCGCUGGAGCGGACCGGACCCGGCUCUGCGGAAUCAAGGACGGACGCGUUUACUUGAGGCUCGAACGGUGCCAACAGCUGCUGCCUCUUUUUUUUUUUUACUCAUCGCCACCAGGCACCCUUACCGUAGACAUGGGUAAAGGCGACCCCAACAAGCCUCGGGGCAAAAUGUCCUCGUACGCGUAUUUCGUGCAAACAUGCCGUGAAGAACAUAAGCAGCAGCAUCCAGACUCCUCGGUCAACUUCGGCGAGUUUUCCAAGGAAUGCUCGGGGCGAUGGCGGUCUAUGUCUGACAAAGAAAAAUCCAAAUUUGAAGAAAUGGCGAAAGGUGACAAAAUUCGCUUUGAAAGAGAGAUGAAAGACUAUAUUCCUUCUAAAGAGAAAGAGAAAAAGGAUCCAAAUGCUCCCAAAAGGCCACCAUCAGCUUUCUUUUUAUUUUGUUCUGAACAUCGUCCAAAGAUAAAAAGUGAUAAUCCAGGUUUGUCUAUCGGGGAUACAGCAAAAAAAUUAGGUGAAAUGUGGUCGGAGCAAACAGCGAAAGACAAACUACCCUUUGAACAGAAGGCAGCAAAACUAAAGGAGAAAUACGAAAAGGAUAUUGCAGCAUAUCGUGCAAAGGGCAAUUUGGGGAAGAAGGGUCCAGGAAGGCCAGCAGGCUCCAAGAGAAAGGUAGAACCGGAGGAGGAGGAGGAGGAGGAGGAGGAAGAAUAAUGUUAAAACCUGCUGUAAAGAUUUUGUGCUCAAAAAUCCGUGAGUUUUCUGAGAAUGUGAAGUCGAGUGCAACUCAAUGUUAGCUUCAGUAUAAAAAAAUGUACAGAAUUGUGUAUAGAUAAAGUGAUUCUCUGCAGAGGGACCUGUAUUCUAAUGUUAGUAGUAGCAAAAUGCCUCUGUUAGAUUUUUCUUAAAAGCUGAUAUUGUCACGUGUUCUGGUAUAUUUAAUGGUUCUUCGAAAUUCUGUGACUGCUUAAUCUUGAGCAAAGUAAACAGUAGUAAUAUAGUCAACCUUGUCUUGGAUAUAUUGCCUUGUAUUUUUAACAAUUUUGUAAUAAAAUGAUGUACAUUAUUGUUACUAUAGUGUUAAUUGACUCAGUUAAAAUAAUUUCUAAAUUAACAAUGUCUAUAUCAUGAAAAUAUUUGCAGUGUAAAAUACCUUUUGUUUUGCCACUUGGCCAGGACAAAGUUACAGGUACUCUUUGAAUUUAUAUACUUCGUGUAUAUUGUACAUUUUUGGCUAGUAAUAUACUGCAACCUUUGACCUGAAAAAUGGAGUAAGUGUAGGCCAAAGGUUGGAAGACACCAAAUUCUGCAAUGUACCACUUUCAUUAAAAAUUAUAAAUUCAGCUUCAGUGGAAAUCUGGCUUAUUGGGAGACUAGAUGCUGUUUAGUUCUAAAUAUAGAAUUAGCAUCGAGGUAAAAGUUAAAGAGCGGCUGGCAGUCUUUCUAGCUGCCACAUAGUGUGGAUGGAGUUCUCCAUCCUCCAUUAGAAUUUGUUACAGCCAUAAAGUCAUAUCAAGAACUUAUAUGCCAUUUUCUUUCAGCGUAACAGAUACAGCUUUAGAAUGAAUGUAUUGAAUCCACUGAAAUUCCUCAGGUGUCCACUAUUCUCCAAGACGCCUGCAACAUUUUAAAAAUGCAUUUUGCUCUGAUAGAGUAAUGUCUACUUUGUGGAGAAAAAGAAUAACCGCUAAAUUCAGGAUUGUGAAAUUGUUAAUUGGUCACUUAAGAUCAACUUGUUGCAUUUUUAUGCAAGUGGGAAUGCAUGACAAGUAUGAGAACUUCCUAUAGCAUAUGUAGUAAUUACUGUAAGAUGUAAGCUGUCAUACAGGAGCUGCAUAAAUAAUUUAUGAAAAUUCUAGUUGGUGAUGAUACACUCCCUGGAAAUCAAAAUCUAAGCUAAGCUAAGGUGUGCAUUGAUUGCUUCAUUAUUUCUGUAAUACAUUUUCUUUUAUGAAUGGCUUUAAAGAGGGUGCUAAUAAUCUAAAAACUCUUGUCUUGGGCCUAGCCUAGAACAGUAGGAAACCAGUAAGUUUCAGAAACUGGCAUUCUGAAAGUAUCAGUAAAUGUUUGGGUUUUCAGGUAAUUUUGAUUCCAAAUUAGAAAAUAAUUGCCUCCUUUACUGAAGUGUGAUUUUUUUCUGCUAGCAUACUAAUACUGGUGUCCAACUUUGAUACGAUAGACUAGAUGGGUUAUUUUUUUUCUUCUCUGUCCUGAUUGCACAAUAUGCAUUUUCUGUCUAAUGAUCAAGUACCAUUAAAGAAGUACAGGGAGAACAACUAAAAGAGAUAAUCUUUAUAUGCUUUCUUGAGGCUAGCUCUGGAAUAGUUUAGCUUGAAUUUGCUAACCUAACAGAAAAGAGAUGAUUGUAUUUGAGAACUGGAUUUCCAGUGGUUUAAAAUAUGUAAGCUAAACUCAGCCUUAUGUUGGUUGUACUUUUAUUCUCUUAAUAAGCUGUUCAUACAGUAUAUUGAGCUAACUACACUUUAGUUUUGCAUGUUGUACAAAUUCAGUCUGUUUUGAUAGUAAAUGAUUUGCAUAGUCAGAAGGAUUGAGUAAAUCAUUUUUAUUGUGUCAUGCAAACAACUACUGUCUUAUUACUGUAUUUCUAACUCAGUUUCAGUGAAUUCAAGAAUGUAUUAAAAUCAGGAUUUAUCUUCAACCAAAUGUCAGAAUUUUUUUUAAAUAUAAUUUUUAUUAAAUUUUUAACAAAAUAAAAACCGUAAGCGAUAAUAAAGAAUAGUAAAUAGUGAAAAAAGAAAAGGAAAGAAAAAAGAUUAUAAAGAAGUGGUUUCUGAUCUUGACAGUGGUUUUAGAUACAUUUUUACUUUGCCCUCUCUAGGGUUACAUCAUAAUUUCCUUCAUUCUGUAAACUGCUCUUUAAUCCAAAUCCAUAUAAAUUCAUUUUUCUCUUUUUCAGCAAAAAGUCCAUAAGGGGUUUCCAGUUAAUAAUAAAUGUAAUUGUUGAA